AUGAGGCAGACCACAGCUGACCCAAAGCACCCCAAGCCCGACACAGGGGGCUUCCGCGCCGGCUCCUGCGGGUUCAGCUUCCGUUACCGCUCCGGCGGCGUGUGCGGGCCCGGCCCCACCUGCACCACCACCCAAUCGGUCGACCAGAACGAGGAGGAGCAGAUCAGGCGUCGCGAAAGCAGGUUCGCCGCCUUCAUCGACAAGGUGUGCUUCCUGGAGCAGCAGAACAAGCUGCUGGAGACCAAGUGGCAGUUCUACCGGAACCAUCUGUGCGGUGAGAACAGCCUGGAGCAACUGUUCAAGGGCGACAUUGAGACGCUGUGGUGGGAGGACAAGUGUUUGGAGGAAGAGGCCGACAGCGGGAUGCUGGCCUCAGAGCUCAACCACAUGCAGGAAGUGCCAGAUGGCUGAAGUGACCCUGUAUGCUUUGUCCCCAGGCAUGAGGAGGAGGUGAUUGUAAGGGCCACGGCUGAGAUUGAAUUUGUGGCCCUGAAGAAGGCAGGACAUGGACUGCUAGAGUCAGACCUGGAGGCCAAUGUGGAAGCCCUGGCCCAAGAGAUUAACUUUAUCAGGCAGAGGAAUGAGGAGGAGUGGUGCUAUCCGCUGCCCCAAGCCCACCUCUCAGACACCUCAGUCGUUGUCAAGAUGGACAACAGCCAUGACCUGAACAUGGACUGCGUUAUCGCUGAGAUCAAGGCUCAAUACAACAGCAUCACCACCUGCAGCCGGGCUGAGGAUGAGUCCUGGUACUGCAGCAAGUGCGAGGAGAUGAAGGCCACGGUGAUCAGGCACAGGGAGACCCUGCGCCGCACCAAGGAGGAGAUCAACGAGCUCAACCGCAUGAUCCAGAGGCUGACGGCUGAGGUGGAGAACGCCAAGUGCCAGAACACCAAGCUGGAGGCCACAGUGACACAGUCCGAGCAGCAGGGCAAGGCGGCCCUCACCGACGCCCGCUGCAAGCUGGCGGAGCUGGAGGCCGCCCUGCAGAAGGCCAAGCAGGACAUGGCCUGCCUGCUCAAGGAGUACCAGGAGGUGAUGAACUCCAAGCUGGGCCUGGACAUCGAGAUAGCCACCUACAGGCGCCUGCUGGAGUGCAAGGAGCACGGGUUGUGUGAGGGCAUGGUCCUGUCAGGGUCCACUCAGAAGCACAACCCAUCCCUCAGGAGGAUUGCGCUCUGGCGGCACCAGGCAGGGUGA